UAGUGAUUAGAGGUGAGUUCUCACUAUACGAACAAUGUCACUUCCGCUAUGUCAUUCUCGCUCCAGCUGGAGUUGUCGAUCUGUUAUUUAUUUUUUUAUUUACACAUAUACUUUAAUAGUAAUAACUAAUUAACUCCUGUAAUUAACUAAAGAGAUUGUUCAUUAACCAGAAGACAAUAGAGAAGUAGAAAAAUGUUCUGCUCAAUCUAUCAAUGCCCUCAUCGAUUUUAAGUCUUGCUCCUUCAGUAUAUCACUCAUUUCAUUUUAGAACUCAAUUAUUUAAUCUACGAACUACAUUAUUGCCCAAACCAUCACACUUUAAUGAAGAUCAUCAUACAGGGAAAUUAUAAAUUAAAAGAGAAAAUUAUGGAUCAGAAACUAGAGCCUGAGAAUACUGAUUCAUCUAUCCAUACAGAAGAAAAUACACGAAAAUACAGGAAAAUAACUUACCAUGAACGUAAUCGCAAAGAUGAAAAACUAUACCAAUGUUAUUUAUGUGAUAAAACAUUCUCUACAAAGGGUCAUUUAUCUUCCCACUUAUGUAUCCAAAAUGGUAAAAAACCCUACCGAUGUGAUAUCUGUGGUAAAACAUUUGCCUACAGUGGUUAUUUGUCAAACCACAAAUUUGUUCAUACAGGAGAAAGACCAUACUCUUGUGAUAUUUGUAACUUAACAUUUACUAGAACGGGUCAUUUGCUUGAUCACAAACUUGCUCAUACAGGAAAAAAACCAUUCCGUUGUGAUUUUUGCCAUAAAACAGUACCCACAAUUAGAGAUUUACAUUUGCACCUUUGUAGACACAGAGGAGAGGGAGCAUCUUAUCAUUGUGAUGCAUGUGAUCAAACAUUCUUCCGAAGUGCUAGUUUAGAUCAACACAAAUGUAUCCACACAGGAGAGAAACCAUAUCAAUGUGAUAGCUGUGGUAAAAAAUUUUCUACAGAGGUUUCUUUGUCUUGUCACAGACGUAUGCACACAAGAAUAAGACCUUUAUAUCAGUGUGAGUUUUGUGGUAAAGCAUUUUCAAGAGGUGAUUCUUUUACUAAACACAAACUUAUCCACACUAAAAAGAGACCAUAUAAAUGUGAUAUCUGUGGUAAAGCAUAUUCUACAAAGACAUUUUUGGCAUACCAUGUAAGUAUGCAUACAGAAGGAAAACCUUCAAAGAAAUGAGUUAACUUUCCACAAAGAUAUUCACGUAGGAGAAAAGCUAUUGAUAUACUAUGAAAUCUGUAGUAAAACUUUUGCAUAGUCAUUUCUUAACAGCUAUAUUCACAGAGGAAGGAAGACCAUACCAUUGUGAUAUCUGUAAUGAUACACUUCCUAAAAGUAAACAUAUCCAUAAGGGAGGUAAAUCAUAGCUAUGGUGACACUUUGUAAUAAACAGUUACCAUCAA